AUGUCAGCCCGAUCCGCCUCCAUUCAUAUACCCGGCCGCCGCUCGUCGCUGCGCAGGCACAGGACUGUGGCGUCCGCUCCGAUGUCUGCAGCCGUUCCGAUGUCAGCUGCCCGCGCGUCCAGCAUACAAAACAAACCCUCCUCGGUGCGCGGCCGUAAGCCGCCGCAAUCCCUCGACUCUACUGCCACCACUUCUCCUCUGCGUUCCUAUGACAGGAACCAGGAACCCGAGAGAAUGAAGCUAAGGCAGUCAUCAACUAACUCUGCCGCAAGCUUCAAGCCCCAGGGUGUCAAGCGCUGGGACGGCAGCGGAAGGCGCUCUGCCCAGUGGGAUGGUCUCCGCCGAGACCACGAGCUCUGGUUCCCCAAUGGCGACUGCUUCGUGCACCUGUACGAGCGCGGCUUCUCUCGCCGCGGCCCGUCCUUCUGUGUCCCCAUGGAGGCUCUCAAGCACGCUACCUGCGGCAACCUCUUCACUUUGUGCUUCGCCCAUACCGUCUCCCGCUCCGACGUGCCCGCCAGCCAAUUAAGCUCCCUGAAAGAUGCUCCGGAGCAGAUGUACGAGCUGUACAUUCCCGCCCCGGAGGGCUUCGUGCGUGAGGAAGCCUUCCAGUGGCAUCUUACCACCCGCAACUUCUUUGCCUUUCUCUUCAGGAAGCCCUUGGUUGGAACUCACCUGGGCGGCGCUCUCGUCGACUUGCAGGAGCGCCUCCAUCUGUUCCGCUCUGCCCAGCCCCUGGCGAACCAGUCAGUCUUCAUGGAGUACGCCGAGGAGACUGGCUACCUCAACUUCACCCACCGACCUGACAACGCCCUGGCCAUGCUCUACUAUGCCGGCCACUACGAGAUCAAAGACCUGUGGAUCGACGCAUAUGCACACUGCGUCGGCAUGAACGAGACACUAUUCCUCAGCAGUGAACAUGACCCCAUUCCGAGAGUUACAAAGGCCCUCAUCACUCGGGCAUUCCUCGAGAUGGACCUGCACCUGACCCGCGUCUCGAGAGCUGUCAGCACUUUUCUGGAGGCCGAGCUGUCUCCCUCCAAUCUUGGCCUGCCUCCCGGACCACGCGCUCAUCUAGACCGAUUCCGUUCGUUUCUGCACUCUUUCUACGUCGACAAAUUUGGCUAUUGGCCUCCGCCCAAGGGCACCAGCUUCUCCAGAGAUCUCUGCCGUUCCAUGUACUUCGACUUCAAGGCGCUGUAUGACUACCUGGUCGACACGGAUUCGUCCGACUCGCUGCAGGCUCAGAAGCCUGCUGACGGAGGCAUUUGCGUGCUGCAAAACGUGCAAGCUUUCGACAAGCGGCACAAGUACACUCCUUUGCCACACCCGCUGCCGCUCCUUCCCAUCACUCCGCAACCAACCGGCCGCAUCCUGGCCCAGAGAAAUCUGGUUGCGUUGAGGCUGGGCAACAAGCAGAGCAAGACCGACAAGCAGCUCACGCAGCUUGCUGCUCUCUCCACUGCCACCAAUUCCAAGAAGACCACCGUCGCCAACGCCCCGCUGGUGAGAGUCUACAAGAUCUUUGAGCGGGAUUCGCUCGACAAGCACAAAGAGAAGGUCUCCAUCUCGGACGCACGCAAAGUGCGCUGGAUUCUGAUCUACGCAACCCUACAGAUGCUGGUUUCCGUCACGCGCGCGCCACGCGAAGUUCGUGACACCGAGGGGCCGCACUAUCCACUGUGCUGUCUGACAGCGGGGACCCCGCCGUGGAAACACAAGCCAACCGAGGAGUCUGCGCCUGCAUCUGAUUCGGGUUACGCAUCGGCCGAGACAAGUGCCCGCACACAGGGUGCCGCAACAUCGCUGCCGGCUACACCCGCAAACGGACCCUCGUACUCAAUUCGACCGGAUUGCGAGGCAUCCGACUACAUAACGCAUACCAACUUCCAGGAUGCCCCAAGCUUGCAUCGGAGAUCGACCGUGUCACCUGGCGGUGAUAUGCCAGCACCACUUCGCGUCUCCCACUCCACCACCUCGUCACCCGUGCGUUCUUCAUCAAGACGUCACAGCGUAAGCGUGCCACCUCUCAGCAGAACCAGCUCAUGGAGGAGCUCCAUUGGCCGGUCCCUGUCGCCUUUUGCCUCUCGGAGGAACAGCAUCCGUGUCCAACCCCAACCCUGGUGUGAAAUUCAGGUGCCUGGAUAUGGAAAUGGACUCAACGAGACGACUGGCGAAAAGUCAAGCCAGAAGUCUUCCACGCCUUCUUCUCCAAUCAAACCAUCAAAGUCCAGCUCUCUGCGUCGCACGUCCUUACCCACCAAGCUAACCGUCAAGACGUGUUUCUCUUCUCCCUUGGGUGGUUUCUCCCCUGUCACUGAGCCCAUCGUCGAGGACGACGAAAAGCGGACCCCUCCGACUGAAUCCGUCGAUGACUCGCUCUUCUCUCACGGCGAUGGGACUACCGUUCCCGCCACUUCAUCGAGAGGCGUCUCUUCUGAGGGAAUUCCCUCCAAACGCAGCAGCAGCUAUUUCCAUACACGUCAAGCCAGUUCCGGUUCGACGUCAACCGCGAGCUCUGAGUUUAUGCACCGUAGCGCUAGCAGCGGGUCCGCGCAAUCAAGCGUGCCCAACAGCGCCGCCUGGUCCCCUGCCGAAUCCGGCUCAACCGCUACCUCGGUCGCCUCCGGGCCUCCUUCACCUGUGCCCUGCGCCGAAGAUGCUGCUACCGAUGAUGCACUCGCUCGUACUGAGCAGCUGAUGGCUGAGUUGGACCUCGAGACUACCCAGGACCACGUUCUCCGCCGCCAAGAUAGCAUCAUCCGUCGCAGCUCCACCACUCGUUACACCGACCUCCCGCGUCCCCGUCGUAGUUCUAGCGUCUAUUCCUACUAUCCCACAGACACCGAAGUCGAUCCUGACACUAUCGCGCGCAUUAUCAACAGCAGUCGCCCCGGAACUUCCAGCAGUGACUUCUCCAAGGCCCGACGCGUCAUGGGCUUGCCCGACAGCGUUCAUCUGGGCGAUGGUGGAAGAAUGGCUGAUAGAGAUAUCGCCAACAUGUACCAGGAGCUGGCUGGCGACCUUUGGGCUGUUUGA